ACCAUCCCUGUCGUACACCGCGCGACCAACCCCCGCCCCAUCGCCGGGCUCCGGCGAGACCCGCCGGCCAUCACCCGUCAACUCAGUUCCACCAACCCGCAGUCUCCCUCUUCUUCCCGUGACCUAUCUCGCUCUCUGACCCAUCCAAACUCCAACCCCACCCAGCUGUGCCCUAGAGCUGCCGAGGCACGCCGUAGCUUGGGGUCACCACAGACGCAUCGCACCCUCGCUGCCCCCUGUUCUGACUCUACGCGUCCCUGCUGUCUCCACCCCGUCCGAAGUAUUGCACAUUCAGUUUUGAGGUAUGAGCAUCUUACUCAUCCAGUGAUUGAUUACUCAGACCCAAACACAAAUUACUAGUAUGUAGAUCCCCCAUCCCUGAUGCUGUUUACAUGAACACUUGUGGAACUUCUUGAGUAGAAAUGGACAUCAGACAAGGCUCUCAAGAGGAAUUGCUUCGAAUGAAGAAGAAUGGCGAACAAGGGAAAAAGGGGGAUGACUCUGGAAAUGGUUUGAGCCGCAAGGAGGCAACCGAAGAGCUUAUUGGUUGCAUGGUCCACAGUGAGGAGGAGGCAUACAGGCUGUAUUGCGACUACGGACAUCGAGUUGGUUUCAGCGUCCGGAAGGGCAAACAGUCCUACUUCAUUGGCACCAAGAGCAUUCGGACGAAAGAUUACUACUGCUCAAAGGAAGGGCUUAAGUCUGAUGAGCCUGUUACGGAAGCAAAUUUCAAUCGGCCAGACACGAGAACCAAUUGCAAGGCGAUGGUUCGCUUUAGAGUUGAUGAGAAAGGGCGCUGGACAGUCAUACGCUUUGCUCCCGUGCAUAACCACCAGUUGGCUAAACCUGGGGAAAGGCACAUGUUGAGAUCCGCAAAGUCGUUUGCUGUUGGGAAAUCAGGUGUUAUAGAUCCUGCAGCAUCUGCUGAACUGCAUCCAGUCAAUGGUUUCUCUGGCAAGGCCGCCGCUUGAUAUUCCCGAGCCUCCAGGCUACACUGUAAGGGAGUGCUACAAUCAGGAGAACGUGCAGAAUAUAACACUAGUUGAGGCAGCAGACAGCCAAAGUCUUGUAAGCUAUUUCAAGCGUAGAACCAACGAGGAAGGAAUGUUUUAUUGGGAUGUCCAAGUUGAUCAAGAAGGUCGCAUGACUAACUUCUUCUUCAGGGAUGGCAAAAGUAGAAACGAUUAUGACUGCUUUGGAGAUGCUGUUAUAUUUGACACAACCUACCGCACAAAUAAAUAUAGCCUCAUAUGUGCCCCUUUCGUUGGAGUUAACCACCAUUGGCAUAAUAUUGUUUUUGGGUGUGCAUUCUUGUUAGAUGACUCCACAGCGUCCUAUACCUGGCUAUUCAGAUCAUUUUUGGAGUCAAUGGGCGGCCGAUCGCCAAAGUCCAUCUUCACUGAUCAGGAUGAGGCUAUUAUGCAGGCAGCCGAGCAGGUGUUUCCUAACACGCAGCAUUGCUUUUCCUACUGGCAUAUUCUGAAGAAUGCACAGGCUCAUUUAGGCACUAUAAACACUUCUCAAGCAUUUCAAAACAUGUUUAUGAAGUGCAUGCAAGGAUCUGACACGGAAGCGGAGAUGGAGGAAUCUUGGGCAGCUAUGCUAAAUGAAUACAAACUAGAGGAUAAUAAUUGGCUCAAUGAUCUUUACAAGUUUCAUAAUAGAUGGUGCUCUGUAUUUAACAAAGAAACUUUUGAUGGUGGGAUCAAUUCAUCGCAGUGGGGAGAGGUCUCAAACAAUAUCCUCACUGGGGUUGCUGAUGAAUCUACUUCUCUUACACGGUUUGCCCUCUUGCUGGAAAAGGUUGUAAAAACUCUACGUACAAAUGAAUCGGAAGAGGAUUUUCGCUGCAGCCAAACUGCUCCAGUUCGCGCAAUCAAGCAUAGUACAGUUCUGAAGCAGGCUGCGGAAUCAUACACGCAUAGGAUCUACAAAUUAUUUGAGGCCGAAUUUCUGGAUGGAUGUGGAGCAACUUCAUGCGAUGAAAGUUCCUGUGGUGGAACCUUAUUGAGGUUUGACAUAACGAUGCAGGGGAGGGGUUCAAAAAUGUGGACUGUUCUUCUUGAUACAUCUACAAUGGAAAUCUCUUGUGAUUGUAGAAAGUUCGAAAGGAUGGGUCUUCUCUGUUCUCAUGCUCUGAAAGCCUUCAGCCUGCAGAAUGUGGAUACAAUACCUGACAAGUACAUUUUGAAACGCUGGACCAAAGAUGCCAGGAGAAGCAUGUAUAAUCUUUGUCAAGAGGAUUCAACACAACAGGAAUGUACCGAGGCUGAACUUGCGUAUCGCAACCGUGCAAUGCAGUAUGCGUAUAACCUUGUGUUGAAGAGCCAGGAACUGGAGGAAGCAAGAAAGAUAUUCUGGGAUUCUCUUGAAACAGGGGAGAAGGCACUGGAAGUGUUCUUCGAGAUGAGAAAUCUGCGUGCUCAAUCUGCAAAAGAUGCCAAUAAAAGGGGGAAGAAGAAAUCAUCUAAAGGACCAAGCACCAAAAAAGCAAAGCAAGCCCUGGCAUCUUCCUCAGCUGCUCCGGAACUACUUGCCCAAACUAAUGGGCAGCAGUUUCAAUCUGCACAAGAUGCACAUGGUAAUGCAACAAUUGGAAGACCAGUUUACUACCAGGCUUAUCCAUCUACUCCUAUGCAACCAAACCAGAUCUUCUUAAAUCCGAAUACUAUGCCUGUUUGUGCACCACAGGAUUUGUCAACAUAUCCCGCAAUAUUGCGUCCAAAUUCAAACUUCGGUGGCGCGAAAAACAUCUAAAGGAUACAAGGUAGAUGUGUUUGAACAAAUUUUCCUUGGAGAUGGCUGCUACCAUCUGCCAGCGUGAAUCUUAUAGCGCCCUAUAACUUAUGCUGGGUGCCAAGGAAGGAAAGAAAGGGAAAGCGGUUUCAACCAUUAGAGGGAUCAUGGUGCUUGGCUUGUUGGUUUCCUGAGAUGCUACUCUUGAGAGGAAGAGCUAUCCUGUCUCGUGGCAUUUCUUCUCCACCGAGGAUAGACUUAUAGGAUUAAUUAUGUAUCCCGUUGCAGUGUGGCUUCUUGGCGUAGCUUAUUGUUAACCUCACAUGUCAUAUGAGUAGUCAAUCAAUUAUAGCUGUUAACCUCACAUGAGUAAGCAAUCAAUUAUAGAUGCAAGUUCUAAAACGAGAAUAUCCCUUGAUUAGCUAUGAACAGGACCCUGGAGU